CGCAGUAGCUUCGAGUUUCGACCAUUUUGGUGGAGUGGUAUGGUCCCUGGAGCGCUUACCUCUACAGUUAGUCUACUAAUUCUAGCAACUGUUAUCUCUUGCUUCUUACUUACAUCUAUCAUCUCUCUACAGGCCAGAAUGACUCUUGUCCCAGCAAUCACCCUCGACGUUGCUGUGAGAGCCAACCCGGCGCGGAUCUUACCAGCUCUGCUUGUCUGCACCUCUUACCAAAGAAGAGGCUUGGUGGAACUGAUCACUAACCAGCAAGGUGAUAUCGAAACUUUUCCGGAUGGGUCCGUCGUCCAACUACGAACAUCGGAUAGAUCAGUGGUUGUGGACCAAGCAGUCCUGGAGUAUCUUUUCCAGUUGGACAAGGAAACCCUAGAUCACAACCAACAAUGGCUUACGUAUUGCAACGAUUUAAAUUCUCCCGACUACCAGGAGCUGAAACCUCUUCUCAGUCAACUGAAUGGACAUCUGCUGGUGCGAAGUUUCGUGACCGGCUACGAUGUUGGACCUGCAGAUCUCGCGAUUUGGGGCGCCCUCCGUGGAAACCAUAUCGCGCAAAAUGCAGUCAAGAAGGCCUCGAACAACGUUUGGCGCUGGUAUCGCUAUGUGGAGACUUCCAUGCCUUGGGUUGCUGAGAAAGCAUAUGAGCUCGCAAGUCAGACAGGGAAGAAAAAAUACACAGAUAGCGCGGCUGGAGCAAGUUAUGACCUUGGCCUUCCUCAGCUCGAUAUCCCAAUUGUGACACGAUUUCCUCCUGAGCCAUCUGGAUAUCUGCACAUCGGGCAUGCAAAAGCAGCCCUUUUGAAUGACUACUUUGCACACAAGAAUGAGGGUGGAAUUCUUAUUUGCCGCUUCGAUGACACGAAUCCAUCGAAAGAAUCGAUAGAAUUUCAAGAUUCGAUUACCGAAGACCUCAAAGUCAUGGAAAUCUAUCCCGACAAGACAACAUUUUCUAGCGAUUACUUUCAGCAAAUGUAUGACUAUGCUAUCAAAAUGAUCAUGUCUGGCAGAGCUUUUGCCGAUGACUCUGAGCUUGGAAAAGGAGACGAGGACCGGAAGAAUCGUCGUCCCAGCAAAUGUCGCGAUCUUGGUAUCGAAGAGACUCUAGCGCGGUUUAAGGAUAUGCAGUCCGGUUCCCAUGAGGGCCAAAGAUGGUGCUUGCGUGCCAGAAUCGCCUACGAUUCUCCCAAUGGCGCCAUGAGAGACCCGGUGAUUUACCGAUGCAAUCAGUUACCUCACCACCGGACCGGCACAGCGUGGAAGAUUUAUCCGACAUACGACUUCUGCGCUCCAAUCUUGGACUCCAUCGAGGGGGUUACCUUAGCCCUGCGCACAAACGAGUAUAGAGAUCGUAACGCUCAGUACGAAUGGAUGCAAGAAGCCCUUGGCCUACGAAGAGUGCCCAUCUGGGACUUUUCCCGCAUGAAUUUCGUGCGCACACUUCUCUCCAAGCGUAAGCUUGCUCACAUUAUCGUAAAAGGCAAAGUCUCGGGUUGGGAUGACCCUCGCAUGCCAACAAUCAGAGGGAUACUCCGCCGUGGCAUGAUGGUAGCUCCACUACGUGCAUUUGUUUUGAUGCAAGGUCCAAGCCGCAAUAUCCUGAACCUUGAAUGGGGCGCACUGUGGGCCAUGAACAGGAAAGAAAUCGAUCAAGUCGCGCCACGGCAUACAGCCAUAGACGAAACACAGUCGAUCGCUUGUGAGGUUCGUGGUGUCAAUGGCCCAAUCAAAAGUAAGAAGCCCAAACAUGGCAAAGUCCCUGAGCUUGGUGAGAAAACAGUCCUCUACGGUGGAAACAUCAUUAUCGAGCAGACUGACGGUCAUUCCUUUGAGAUUAAUGAGGAGAUCACCUUGAUGAACUGGGGCAACGCUCUCGUACGUGAAAUCACCUGCAAUCCAGGCGGCGGGAUCGUCACAAAUCUGGUUCUUGAGCUGUAUCUUCAGGGUGACGUCAAGAAGACGAAAAAAAAGGUCACCUGGCUUGCGGCAUCUCCCGAAAAUCUGGUCCCCAUUGAGCUUGUGAGAUUUGACUACCUAAUCACUAAGGACAAACUUGAAAAAAGCGACAAACUCGAAGAUUUCUUAACCGAACGGACUGAAUUCAGGCAUCGGGCAUUAGCGGACUGUAACGUGUCACAGCUUACAUUUGGAUCGAUCAUUCAAUUCGAACGCAAGGGUUUUUACAGGCUUGAUUGCUUGAAUAGGAUGGACUCGAGGCUCACCUUCUUUGAGAUUCCUUCAGGGAGAUCGUGACAAUAUGGAACUAAAAUCAUAAUAAAACUUGAAGACAAUCUUCCUCAGGCUUCCAAGCUCUAGUAGUUAGAUAAAAGAAAAGGAUAUUUAUUACAUAUAAAGUCAUAAGAUUACUAGUAUAUGAUGCUUUAUGGUCUAAUCCAUGUUCUAUGCACAUAUAA